AAUACAUAAUCAAGCGUUCAGUGUGGUACGAUCGGUUCGCCCGAGUGGACGCAAAGCCUCGCAGUGCCUCUUGCGGAGUGCAGUGAUUGCGUGUGUGUGUGUGUGCAUGUGGAGAACAGAGUAACUAAACUAAGCAAAAAAAAACAUAAAAAUCUCGCGCGUGAAAAGUGAGCGUGUGUGUGAGCGCCCUCCACCCCAGGCCUUUAAGCCAAAUUAGCUUUGUAACGUUGCGAUCGUUUUACCCGCGCGCGUCAGAAUGCAGCCUGCAGGUCUGGCAGUACUGCUGGUGGCGGUGUGGUGCCACGCCGGGCCUGCCAUUGCCGACGUCCAGCCCGAGCAGCGCAACUUUGAGCCGAGCACCGAUCCGGCCCUGUUCGCGUUCGACCGUGGUGCCGGCGACGGUGGCCUGUACACGUUCGACAACCUGUCGGUCGCGCAGGACCCGCGCGCCUACCGCCCGGACGUCGGUGCGCUCGACUUCGUGUACCACAACCAUGACGAGAUGACGCGCUACCUGCGGGCGACGACCGCCCGCUACCCGAACCUGACCGCCCUGUACUCGAUCGGCAAAUCGGCCCAGGGCCGGGACCUGUGGGUGCUGGUCGUGUCGGCCUCCCCGUACGAGCACAUGCUCGGCAAGCCGGACGUCAAGUACAUUGGCAACAUCCACGGCAACGAGGCGGUCGGGCGGGAGCUGCUCCUGCAUCUGAUCCAGUAUCUGGUGUCGAGCUACGGGUCCGAUCCGUACAUCAAGUGGCUGCUGGACAACACGCGCAUCCACAUACUGCCCUCGCUCAACCCGGACGGGUACGCGGCAUCGAAGGAGGGCACCUGUGACGGUGGCCAGGGGCGGUACAAUUCGCGCGGCUUCGAUCUGAACCGCAACUUCCCGGACUACUUCAAGCAGAACAACAAGCGGUCCCAGCCGGAAACGGAAGCGGUCAAGGAUUGGAUCUCGAAGAUACAGUUCGUGCUGAGCGGGUCGCUGCACGGUGGCGCACUGGUGGUGAGCUACCCAUACGACAACACGCCGAAUGCUAAAAUCUGCCGGUCAUCGUCAACCUGUGCCGUCUUCCACAGCUACCUGUCGCAACCGUCGUUGACUCCGGACGACGACGUGUUCAAGCAUCUGUCGCUAAUAUACGCGAACAACCACGGUAAGAUGUCGCGCGGUGUCGCCUGCAAAACUGCGUCGCCCUCGUUCGAGAACGGCAUCACGAACGGGGCGGCCUGGUACCCGCUAACCGGCGGCAUGCAGGACUUCAACUACGUCUGGCACGGCUGCAUGGAGGUGACGCUCGAGGUGUCCUGCUGCAAGUUUCCGCCCGCGUACGAGCUGCGCAAGUACUGGGACGACAACCAGAUGUCGAUGAUCAAGUUCCUGGCGGAGGCGCACCGGGGCGUACAGGGCUUCAUCAUGGACUCGACCGGCAAUCCGGUCGAGCGGGCGCAGCUCAAGAUUAAGGGGCGCGACAUCGGCUUCACCACCACCAAGUACGGCGAGUUCUGGCGCAUCUUGCUGCCGGGCGUCUACAAGCUGGAGGUGUACGCGGACGGGUUCGUGCCGAAGGAUGUGGACUUCAUGAUCGUCGAGCAGCAUCCGACGCUGCUGAACGUGACGCUACAGCCGGCCAAGGAAGCCGUGGAAUACAGCGCCAGUCAGCUGCCCGGUGCGUCUUACGACCGGCCGCUAACGCCAACCACACCCAUUGCCAACCGUGAGCCCGCCCGACCGAAUGCGGCAAACCAGGAUCGGCUCAUUUUUACCUCCUGAGCGCAGCACGCGAAGCGAUUGAGCGAGCGAUUUGUUUUGUACAUAGAAUAGAAGUUUCCUCCGCUUACCAUCCUCCGCCAAUCUAAUCUAAGUUAGUCGUACGGAGGCAGCUACGCAAAAAGCAGUCAAACGACGGUUCAAGAUGGCGGCCAGUCCAGAUCAGGCUAACUGCUAACAUGCACGCGUCCUCUGACGGAAGGCGGUGGCUACUUAAAACCCUCACCGAUUGGGGAUACGUGUGAAGGCUUGUGCAAUACUUUUAUCUUUCUUGUUUAAUAUCUUUUAAUGAAUUUAACGUCUGGUAUUUUCUUCACUUUCCACUUACUGGUUAAAUCUGGGACACUAAAAGCACACUCAUUCGUGCCUGUUGAAGUUUGCAAAGCUGCUCAACGGUUCUUCAGCGACGUGGCGAGUGAUCGUGUGAAGCGUGAACAUGUACAUACGGUUACGAUAAGAGGAAUAUGGCGUAUAUGUAUCUGUGGAGGUGUUCCGGGAUGACCUAACCGCACUUUCUCUACUUCCCAUAAACUGUUCAACACUUCGGAGAGGGUUUUUGGUUUGUUUGUUUGCUUUUUUUAUAGAACUAAUGGGAGCGUUGUUGUUCGUUGCUCCUCGCAUCAUAUACACAUGCUCUCGAUCCUAGUAAUACAUCCCAGUAUCUUCCCUUCCCAUUGCACAAAACACACACACACGCACAGCGCAACGAUGGGUCACAGCACUAUCGACCGGCUGCGGCCUCGACCCAGUACCGCCCGCAGCAGCAGCUACCGCCGGGCUCGGCCCAAGGUUCCGGCU